CUGCACAACAAAUUUGGGCGGGAAAUGGGAUAAGUAAAUUCUCAGUCACAUCACAGCAGUCGGUAAAGAUCAAACCUUGUGUGCUCGAAUUCAUGGACAAAUUCUUAGACCCUUCAGCAACUACGCUUUUCGACAAAACGAAGUCGGUGAAACGGUGCCCAUGGAAGAGAAGUCUCGUGGAAUUAAACGGAAGAGCGGAUCCCAAUUAUCGCCAUUAUAUCUCUACUCUUAUAAUUGAUUCAUAUUCUAAGAAAGGAGCAUUUCCUCAUAAUUAUCAUGUCAAUGGGGAGCCUUGCCAGACGCACGCUUCUUGGUUUAUGAACGCUGGAAUGGGUGAUUACUCUAGUGCAAGGCAAGGUAUUUCAUCAGUUGAGUUUGACUCAAAGGGUGUGUACUUGGCAUCAGUAACAAAAUCAGGUUGCUUAACUGUUCAUGACUUUGACAAUAUACGUAGUGCAGAUUCGAAAGAAGAUGAAGAUAAGCAGUUGCUGCACAUUUCUACAUCUCAACAAAUUGAUGUUGUUAAGUGGAACCUUGCUAAUCAAGAUGAGAUUGCGUGUACAUCAAUGAGAAGCAGUGAGAUUCAUAUUUAUGAUAUUGGUUACAUCUCAUCUGAACCUGUUGAAGUACUGAAGAAGAGACCCAAUAUCACUGUCCAUGGGUUAAAUGUCCACAAAGGCUUUUCUGAUAUUGCCUUUUCAUCUGAUGACAAUUCGAGGUUGCUUGCUUCGGAUAGUAGUGGUGUAAUUAAUAUAUGGGAUAGAAGAGUUAGUGAUCGUCCAUGUUUGGAACUCACCACAAAUUCAACUGGCUUGCUUAAUAGCAUCAAAUUGAGCAGGGAUAAUGAGAUUGUUUUUGGAGCUAGCAAGCAGGGAAGUAUAUUUAUCUGGGAUCUACGUGGAGGAAAGUCAUUAUCCACUUUCAAAAACCAUAAAGAGGAAUAUCAUUCUCCUUUGAUAACUGUGAAGUUGGCGCCUGAGUUGGAGAAAAUAUCACCUCUUAAGGCUCAAUCAAGCAUUGUUCCAAAGGAAAUACACUCAAUUGACAUCAAUCCAUCUUGCCCUUAUCAACUAGCAUUUCAUCUCGAUGAUGGAUGGUCAGGUGUUCUGGACACCAACAGGCUUCAAGUGACACACAUUCAUUGCCCUCCACCUCCAUGGUUGGAUGAACCAAAUGAUUUCGCCAAUCUUUCGUACUUGAGAAAUCCAUGCUGGCUUCCUUUCAACUCGAUCUAUGCAGUUGGAUCACUAUCCAGUGAUGGCCUUUAUCUUCUGGAUUUCUAUCCAGAUUCUACGUCCCCUUGUCACGUGGAUUACAAUGAGGAUAUGCAAAGUGGUGAAAAAGCAAGCAUCCGCCCUAAGCAAAACAGACAUUUAUCAUUGUCUGAAAGUGUUACUGCAUGUGCUACCCAUCCUUUGGAUGGCACCAUUGUCGCUGGAACUAAGCUGUCAUCGUUGCUCAUGAUUUCCCAAUAGAAACGGGAGCUGUAGAUGAACUUUUAAGUUUUAUUGCAAGUUGAAAUGUGAAGUACCUCAGUCAGUUUGCUGGAAUGAUACAAUUUUGAAACUGUAUUAGAAGUUCCAGACAGUGGAUUAGAAGAAAUGCGAGAAGACAUUGAUAUUACAGAAUUUAAAUUUCUGUUAUUAGAGAUAUCAAAAUAUGAAAACCCAAAAGAAGUCGUAUAUAUAGAAAUCGAAGUUCAACUUCAAGUAGUCUCUGGAACGUAACAUUCAGUUAUCAUUUAAGUACUCACUCUAACAUCAUAUGUGACCAUUUCUUUUACACAUGCUGUACUGCAUCUCAUAAUUGUCAAUUAAAAGUAGACUAAUGUCCAUUUUUGGUCC